CGUGACCCAAUCGACAGAUCUCAUGACUUGAAGAUCUGAUUUCCAUUCCUUGUACUUGACAGAUCUAAAAGCGAUUUCUGUGUCUUCGCCACCGAUCAGAGGCUAAGUAUCCUUGAAACAUGUCUGAAAAGCCUGCUACUGAAUAUACCGCAAUGCAAGAGGAAGCUGAAGCGGGAGGUCCCCCACCCUAUGGCAUGCAGCCAGGGUACCCCAUGGCUCAGCCAGGAUAUCCUCAGCCAGUGAUGGCCCAGCCAAUGGUCCAGCAGCAAACUAACACAACUGUUGUCGUGACACAACCGUCGCAAGUUGUGCUACAACAAGGAAUGCGUGACUGGAGCUCUGGUCUGUGCGGAUGCUUUGAAGACUUUUAUUCAUGUUGCAUGGGAACCUUCUGUGGGCCGUUUUUGCUGUGUGACAUCUCUUCAAGAAUGGGCGAGGGUUGCUGCUUUGCCACAUGUUGUCCUGGAGCUCUGGUUGCACUGAGGAUCAAACUCAGGGUGCAGGAAAACAUUCAGGGCUCCCUGUGCAAUGAUUUCUGCGUGGUGCAAUGGUGCGGUGCCUGUUCACAGUUGCUUUGA